AUUGCAACAAGUGCACUUCAAGGCUCCACUGUGCGACGUGGAGAGAGAGGAGGUCCUGUUCCUCGAUGGGGACUUCUCCUCAGCCGCUCAGUUUUUUGUGACUGUGGGGGUCUUCGCUUUUCUUUACUCACUCCUGGCAACGAUAGUCUACGUCUUCUACCAGAACAAGUACCUAAAGAACAACAGAGGCCCACUGGUGGAUUUUGCCGUCACCGUCAUCUUUUCCCUCAUGUGGUUGCUCAGCAGUUGUUGCUGGUCAAAAAGUCUCUCCGAUAUCAAAAGAGCAACAAACCCAACCGAGGUGCUUCUUCUCAUCUCUGCCUGUAGAGCUCAGGAAAACAGUUGUGCAGCUACGCAGGAGCCUUUCUGGUCUCGUCUUAAUACAUCUGCUGUUUUUGGGUUUGUGAACGUUGCCCUUUGGUCUGGGAACAUCUGGUUCGUCUUCAAAGAGACUGGCUGGUACAAGACCGGUCAGAGGUACCCAACCAGGAGCGCUUCUGGGAAACGUUCGAGUGAAAUGAGAGAGCGACUCUACAGCGAAAGCAGCUUCGACCAGCCAGAUGACAGUUUUGGUCUCUACAGACAAGACAGCGUGACUCUGUCGAAGGGGGACUUUAAUAAGCAGGUCGAGAGACAAGCCAGCAUUAACCAAUCCCAAGUGAGCUUCAGCUUACCUCAGACGUAUCUCGGCAAAAGUGUUGUUUAUGAAAGAGAUAACAGCGUCACAUCCCAAGGGCCAAUGAUUUUUAUUAAUGAGAUGUGACAAGUUUCAAUUUGUUAAACGCCAAUGUGAAAUUUUAAUCAAAAAAAUUGAUAGCACAUUUUACAAUGGCUUCAUCAAAUACAUAAUAACAAAGAAAAAUCCACCUUUAACUUUCACUCAGAUUAAACACAAUAAGAGCAAAUAAAAUAAUAGGAAAGGAAAUUAAAAGGAAGCCACAAUGUUUUUGUGAAUUUUGUUUAUGUAUAUUUAUAUUUUGUUUAAAAGAAAGGAACAGGCCACAUCUCCAUUCAUAUUUUUAGAAUUGUAUUUCAUAAAUCUGAAUGGUUUGAGGAACUUAUUAAAUCAAAGUGUUCAAAUUGUCUUGAUAAAUAUUUAAUAUUUCUGUUGGUUUUACACUUUAUUAUUGAUGGUGUUCUGAUUAAUAUUGUCUGCUGGUGUAUUUAUUUGAAUAUUUUAAAUUUUUAUUACUUUUAUUUGUAAAGACCAUCAAAAUGCCUGUUUAAGAUGUUUGAGUUAAAAUAAUCUGUUUUAUUGUAGUUUUUCUCAGUUAUUUGAUGAAUUACUGUUUAAUUAUGGAUGUUGAACUUAUCAUUAUAUUAAAUAUUUAAAGAGCCACUUCUGUACAUUAACAUCAAGCAAUGUGCCAUUUUGUUAGUAAAGAAAUAGCAGUUAUUCAGUAAUUUCAAGAAAUACAUGUACCUUGUUUUGCUUGAAUUUUGCAUAUUUGUUGCAUUAUGAUUUGAUUUUCAUUGACUGAGAUCCAAAACAGUGUGUCAUGCAGGUUUUUACCUCAGUAGUUGUGCGGUUGCAGAUUUGAACAGCGUAAAUAAUGUAAAAGUAUUUUGAAAAGUAUCUCAAAGCCACAGUAUGUUGAAGCACACUGUUGGGAUUAUCUGAACAGUAAGGCUGAAGGGAUAAUCCCUCACUGUAUUUAUUUCUUUCAGGUUAAGACUGUUAAAAUAACACUGACUAACGCCCAAAACCUUUAACCACUGUGACUAUCACACAACCUGCUCUUUGAAAUGCAACAAAUGCAAAGAAUUAGUUUGGAGUGUUAAGUCAUCAGAUCAUCAAAUUUUAUAAAUUAAACUAAGAGUUGAUAAAAAAAAUUAACAAUUCAUGAUGAGGUAAUUAUGUUUAAUAAAUGCUUAAUAAACAGUGGCUGCUUCUGUUUCAGUUAUUCAACAAGUAAACCAACACAGAAAAAAAAAACAUGUCAACAACAUGAAACAAUUGUUAACAUUUUAGGUAAUUUCACAGUUGAGAGAGUAGAUUAUGUACUUCUCUACCAAAGUCAAUAAAUUCAACAUCAAGAGCCACAUGAUACA